CGGGUACUUCAGCGCUCCGGCGAUUCUCAAUAGAUGACUGUCCGUCUCUUCGUACAUUGCACAAGAGUAGACUGGCUAGUGUGCCCUAGUUUGAGCCGUUCUCUAUUCCAAUAUCUUUCGGAACUGUUGUUGACAUUCAACAGUGAAGGGGACUUGUCAAAAAAGUAAACAUUUUGGAGUGAUCAUAAGGAACGCAUUUGCCCAAACUUGUAGGUCCUCGUUAAAGACUGUCCACCAGGGAUGUUCGACCUAACGAAGGAAUGGAAUCUGUCAUUCGCCGGCUGCGGGUUCCUGGGGAUCUAUCACAUCGGAGUGGCCAGCUGCCUGUUGGAACAAGCGCCUUACCUUAUCAAAGGAGCCACCAAGAUCUACGGGGCUUCAGCCGGUUCCCUUUCUGCCUCGAUGCUCGCCAGCCAGGCAUCCAUAGCUAAGUGCUGUGAGGAUGUGCUCGAGACGGUCAUGGAUGCCCGGAAGCGUAACCUGGGUCCCCUCCACCCCUCCUUCAACCCGCUCAAGAUCAUCAAGGCGGGCCUGGAGCGCGACCUGCCCGCCAACGCUCACACACUCGCCUCCGGGAGGCUGUGUGUGUCACUCACUCGCGUGUCUGAUGGACAAAACGUCAUCGUGUCCGAGUUCAAGUCCAAGGAGGAGCUCAUCCAGGCACUGCUGUGUAGCUGUUUCAUCCCCAUAUACUGUGGCCUGAUCCCCCCAUCCUUCCAAGGAGUACGUUAUGUGGAUGGGGGGAUCAGUGACAACCUUCCACAGUCAGAGCUGAAGAACACCAUCAGCAUCUCUCCGUUCUCGGGCGAAAGCGACAUCUGUCCCCGGGACACCUCCUUCAACUUCCACGAGCUUCGUUUCACCAACACCUCCAUCCGGUUGAACCUGAGCAACAUGUACCACCUCAGCAAGGCCCUGUUCCCCCCAGAACCCAAGGGCAUGGCAGAGAUAUGUCAGAGUGGCUACAAGGACGCCCUUCGCUUUCUUGAGGAGAACCAUCUGCUAAAGCUGGAGUGUCCGACUGCCGGCCCCAACCUAUCAGAAGCCACCUGCUGCAGCAAGCCCAUCGCCAUGGUAACCACUAAGAACUGGAUGAAUCUCUGCCGCCUGAGGAAGCAACACUGGUGGUUGGAUGAGCAGAUUGUUGACAACCUGCCAACCCAAAUCAAGAAAGUGUUCUGUGAGGCGUGCCAGCAGAAGCCUGGUCUGUAUGCUCAGGUGUCUGAGAUGCUACCGGUCAGAGUGGCCUCCUACAUGCUCCUGCCCUGCACACUACCUGUGGUAUCAGCCUACUCAGUGGGAAAGAGGUUUCUGGAGUGGAUCCCAGAGGUGCCUGCAGACAUGCGUUGGCUAGCUGGGGUGGCUGGGGAUGUGGCUGGGAGCGUGUACAGACAUGCCUGGAGAGGAUCGCCAGCAGACAUAACCAGUGAUGGUUCCCUGAGGAAUUGCCUGAGCCUGCCCCCACCCCUGGAAAGUGACAGACAAAGGGAGAGAAACGGUCACCUCGCCAGGUUCGCUCUCUCUGCUCUCAACCUCCAAAGCCAGUACUGGAACAUCCCCACCGCCUCCUCUUCCCACUGCCCCACCAGCCCCCUCACGCCCAGCCCCUCCCCACGACAGAUCUGCUUCAGUGUUCAUUUUGGCACUCUUUUUUAGAUUCAUUCUAGUCUGGCAUUUUGACUAAAAUAUCAUUAAGUCUUAGUCACAUUUUUGUGAUUUGAAUAAUGAUUUAGUCAUUGUUAAAAUGACGAAAAGAGAGCCAUUUUAGUCAACUAAAUGCCCUUUCAUUUUAGUUAUAUUUUAGUCCACAUCACAUUUGUAUUGCCUCAUUAGCCACAAACCACGGUUCCAUCCAGAGUUUUUAUGGGAGUAAAGUCAUAUCAAAGAUUUUUAGAACUAACCCAAGAUGGACCAUAACUACUGAGAUGGUAGGCUACUCAGGAAAUAAAUGGUUCUAUCCAACAUGUCGAAGCAGGACUGCAUGAUUCCAGAUACAGUAUUUUGAUGUGCAACCGAAUCCAGCGAUUGUCAUGAAUUGUGAGUUGACGAUAGGGUAUUGUUGUUAUAUUUUACUGUUAAAAUAGAGCUCCAGAAUGUUCUGUUCUUUUUUUGUUCAAUGGAGACAAAUUUGCCUAAAUCUUUAUGUGCACUAAUAUCAUAGGCUAAAUUAUUUUGGGGCUUAUACACCACAUGAUACAGUGAAAACUCAAACACAUUAGCUAGAUCACUAACACUAAAUACAAUAACCACUGCUACUAGUCAUGUAUUAAUCUAAAAGUUAACGAAAUGUCUUCUUUUUUUCCACACUGUUAGCACUGCUACCCUAUACACAUACAACGGGGUCAAUGCGCAAUUGCGCAUUUCGUGGGCUUCGUAUCUGAAAGCCAUGUCUAAUAUUUUGAUUGUAAAAUAGUUGCUAUUGAGCUCAAUAUUAAGAGAUGACAAAUAUAAAGUAUACCCACAGAAAGCUGCGAACAACAUUUGCUUCUAAAUCAAUGAAUUUCCCGCAAUUGGAUUUUCAAAUGUUAUAGCGAAAUGUUAUACAAUUAAGAAGCAUUUUUUACUCACUCCCAGAGUGCACGUCGUGGCUUGGUCAUCACAGCAGCAGGCUCCAGCGGAACAGGUCAAGGGGCUGGGCAGACACUUUCAUUACAGGAAUCAUGAGGAUAAUGCACUUUACUGUUUGACCAAAUCGUGGUUGCAGUCUAGAGCCUUGACCCUUGAAAUACUGUAGCUAUAUGUAAUCAAAGUUGUGUCAUAAGUAGCGGUCUGAUACUGUAGGUUGCAGCAAACUACAAGCUAGAAUUAUCAAUCGGUUAUUAGCCUAUCUGAGCGUCAGAGGAGACUGAUGGCGGGAGGAGCUAUAGGAGGACGGGCCUUUUUGUCAUGUCUGGAAUGGAAUGAAUGGAACCUAUCAAACAUAUGGAAUCCACAUGUGCCUGCUCAAGUUCCCUCCCACGGGGCCUGUCUAUAGUGUAUAGGAACUGAAAGGUGGUUUAGGAUGGGCAAGAUGGUCAUGUGAUCGAAUAGCUUUGGAAUCCAGAACUUUUGCUAUAGACACACUAAUGACUCAAUCAUGUCUUUUGAUCACUCCACCAUCCAUGUUUUAUUCUAUUGUACACAUUGGAAAUCAAUUUACCAGCUCACCACCAAAGACCUCUGCAAGUGAAUUCUUUUUGGGGAUUUACACAUUUUAUAAAUCACUGUGUCUAGUUUUACCAGAUAACGUGUUGUCACUACCUUAAGCACAGUACCUACCUACCUGUGUUCAGUCAAAUGUAGCAUUCAUUCCUCAUUCCAGACGGACUGUUGACAUGACUUGACGUUGACUUCUUAAAUAUGAGCUGUGUUGUGUUAUUUAUUUUGUAUUAGACAGGACCCUUGCACUAAACUAUGAACUACUGUGAUAAGCUGUGAUGUCAAGAAAUUUGAAAUCCCAAUAUUCUUGAUAGUUCCCUUCAGAACUUCUCUUAAUGUUGACAUUUGCUUUUGCACAAUAACUUUAGGUGCAUAGGAUUCACAAUUUUAAUGGCAUAAUUAAAUGUCAAAUUUAAGUUAUCACACUGCUCCAUUUAUAGUAGGCCACAUACUGUACUUAUUUUUGGAACGUGUGUAACACUGUGAAAACCUCUGCCUACUUGUGCCUAGGAUGGUAGGUAGCCUAGUGGUUAGAGCAUUGGGCCAAUAAAGGAAAGGUUGCUGGUUCAAAUACCUGAGCCAACAAAGUGAAAAACCUGUUCAUAUGAGCAAGGCACUUAAUCCUAAUUUGCUCCAGAGGUGCCAUACUACUAUGGCUAACCCUGCAAAACAGCACAUUUCACUGCACCUAUAUGGUCUAUGUGACAAUAAAACAUUUUUUAAAAUAUACUUUAUUGUUGUUAUUUCAUUAAGGCCCUUAUCUUAAUAACAUAACGGUUUUUAUGAUGUGACCUUCUGUGUUUAUAUAUACUGUAACUAUUAAAAUCCUAUUGUGGUGCCUCAUCAUUAUGGAAACUGUGCAGAAUAAGUAGGGGAGAGUGGGAUAAGUUGAGCCAAAGCGGUAAAUUGAUCUUUGUUUAUACACAAAAUGAAUAAUUUGACCAAAUAUUUCAGAAGAGGCCACCAUUUCAUGGAGUCUGAAGGAAGAAACCACAUGGAAAAAGUGGUAAGCUAGUUAGGUAAAAAAUAUAUAUAUGUGAUUUUCACCAAAUCAAAUUAAUUUGUGUUUGAGGUUUCAUGAUGCUUGUGUCUAAACCAACAUAUGUAGAUAAUUUUAAGAUUGUUCUUUACGUCAGUUGGGGUCUCAAUAACCUUCAACAUGAGAUCCUAAACCUAGCAUGAAAGUGCAUCCUUGUAGCUGUGUGGGCUAAUAUAGUGAAGAUGUUUGCCUUGGGGUAAGUUGAGCCAAUGACCAUGGGGUAAGUUGAGACAAUGGUUGAGCCAAUGGCAAGUUGAGCAAAUGUAAGUGUUUUCUUCCCAGGCUUAAAUGCUAGGCAUUAUUGCUGGGGAUAUGAGGUAACAACAGGGCCUGGCCUAUGUUAAAAGUGUUUAACAAUGUACAACGUGUUUGUUAGGUGUUAAGUCUGUGUUAAAAGAUGUUUAAAUGAUUAAAAAAAAGAUGUGAUUGUACUGAAUUGUG